CUCCCCUAGCGUUUGGUGGAGACGGGACAACAGCGGCGACUUUUUGGUUCGCGGUUCCAACACUCAAACUGGUUUAUCCCGCAAAGCGCGGAUGGUGUUGACGUUAUUGCGCUGUCUAACCAUUCAUCUGGGGACAAGGCUAACUGAUGAAGGACCAGUGAAAGAGCCCGGUGGAAAAAAGGUUGUCCUUUCAUCAAAGUGAGACACCGUUCUUCUUGUAUACACCCCCGCUGUGCUAAUUCUUGAGUGGACUGGACUAGGUCUACCGCUAUUGCUGAUCUGAGGCGCAAAACUCCGAAGGAAGAAGAAGUAGCUAUGAAGACAAAUAUGAAAUACGCGUUACGUUUUCCGGUGUCAAUCAUGACUCGAUAAAGAGCGUGCUAUGAACUUCACUUUUGUGAUGAUUACACGGAAACCUAUAAUAUUAAAUUAUUAAUCUGGACUAUUAGUGAAUAUCUUCAACGAAGGGGAGAUUUGAAGAUUUACGUAGGGUUAUAAUUAUAAGAAGAAAGAAAACAAAUUCCUGGACGGGUAUUUUUAUAAAAGCAUAAUUCUUUAAGAGGGAGAAGGGUGACGAUUUGGAGAUGGAAGUCGCAGCAGACCAGUCUCGGUGGAUGGCGCAUCAUCACGCCGUGCUGAACGGCCAGCACCCGGAUUCGCACCAUCCCGGCCUAACGCAUAACUACAUGGAGCCCAUGGCGCAGCUACUGCCGCCAGAUGAAGUUGACGUUUUCUUAAAUCACCUGGAUUCUCAGGGGAAUCCUUAUUACCCUAACUCCCGAGCCAGAGUGUCCUACAGCCAAGCACACGCUCGCCUUACAGGCAGCCAGGUUUGUCGGCCACACCUCAUCCACAGUCCGGGCAUCCCGUGGCUGGACAGCGGCAAGGCAGCGCUCUCAGCAGCUCACCACCACAACGCAUGGGCGGUCAGCCACUUCAGUAAACCCGGGCUGCACCCCGCCAGCUCGGGCUAUCCCUGUAGCAGUAGCUCCAGCACGGCCCCCGUGUCUUCCCUCACCUCUGCGUCGCACUCCAGUCCGCACCAUCUCUACAGCUUUCCCCCUACCCCUCCCAAGGACGUGUCCCCAGACCCCGGAGCUGCCUCCCCGUCCUCGUCCUCCGCUAGAAUGGACGAAAAGGAGUCCAUAAAGUACCAAGUUUCACUCGCCGACGGGAUGAAACUGGAAGGGUGCAGUCCGCUGCGCAGCAGCCUGGCUUCCAUGAGCGCCCAGACGCCCUCCACACACCACCCCAUCCCGACCUACCCAUCGUACUCUCUGCCGACGCCGCACGAUUACGGCGGCAGCUUGUUUCACCCUACCGGGCUUCUCGGUGGAUCGACCUCCAGCUUCACCCCGAAGUGUAAAAACAAAACAAGGUCAUGCUCAGUAUGCUUCUUAGAGGGGCGUGAGUGCGUGAACUGCGGUGCCACCUCCACACCUCUGUGGCGUCGGGACGGGACCGGACACUACCUCUGCAACGCCUGUGGGCUGUACCACAAGAUGAACGGCCAGAACCGACCUCUUAUCAAGCCCAAACGGAGACUGUCUGCUGCGAGACGAGCCGGCACCUGCUGCGCCAAUUGUCAGACAACCACUACCACUCUCUGGAGGCGCAAUGGGAAUGGCGACCCGGUGUGCAACGCCUGCGGGCUCUACUACAAACUACACAACGUGAAUCGCCCUUUGACCAUGAAGAAAGAGGGCAUCCAGACCCGAAACCGCAAGAUGUCCAACAAGUCCAAGAAAAGUAAGAGGAUUGGGGAAUUAUUCGAGGAGCCGUCCAAGUGCUUGCACGACAAGACCUCACCCUACAGCGCCGCCGCCCUGGCUGGUCACAUGCCCCACAUGGGUCACCUGCCACCCUUCAGCCAUUCUGGACACAUGCUACCCACACCCACCCCCAUUCACCCCUCCUUCGCCCACCCGCACCAUUCUAGCAGGUCACCGCCCUGGGCGGAGCCUCACUGAUGCCCCACCCCACCCCAGGCUACUCACCCCCACGGCCUCCUCUUCACAGCUGGAAGAGAGGAGUGGGCAGGGCUCUCUUUUCCUUUUUCUCUGAAGAGGGGGAAGAACAUUUCUUUCUUCUUUUUUUAAUGAAACCAGAUUGUAAUCUGCCCCCUUUCGAAUGGACCAAGAAGAGGGCAAAGUUAAAGACACAUGUUCAGCGUUCUGUUUUCCUGGACAAAAGGGAGGGUCGGUAAACAAAAGGAACUUUGGUAUUUUUUCACCCCCCCCCAAAGGAUAGGUAUUGAUACUGUGGGUUGUAGAACUGAACUUUAUUUUCCAGAUUUUUGUAACUUGGUACCACCUCAGAUGCGAGGCUACGAGGAUAUGGCUGCCUACCCUAUCACCCUCUGUGUGACCACGCCCAAUGAAUUACUGCCAUUCUUCCCCAUUUCCUGGACCAGGAACUGGUGUAGUCACAUCUGUAAAAACUGUGAAUAUUCUGAAUGCCAGGAGAGUCCAUAACUAUUGUUAACUAUAUUAUAUAUAUAUAUGCUGGAUUACUGAUCAUGGACUUCACAUAUUUUUUAAAGGACAUUAUGAAAAAAAGAAGCAAGCAAAAAGUUUAUGAAUCCUAAUUUUAAAAGUUUAUUAUUGUUAUUGUUAUUAUUAUUGUUAUUGAGAUAAUUUAUUUUCACUGUU